AUGACUGCACUAAUGCCCAGAGUCUUCUCCUUGUCACAGACUAAGACAUCCACCAAAGAGAGCCUCCUCUCGAAAACACCGACAUACGGACUUAUCAAGGAUUCGAUCGAUGCCAAGAGACUUCGAGCGGAAAGAGAAUGCAUCCAAGGCCUUCGAUCCUACUCUGAUAAAUUCAACAUUAAGAUUUCGGAAAGCUUGCUGUUUCGAUUUGCAUGCUUUUAUGACUUCGAUCUGAAGAAGGCCCAAUCGGGCAUUGCUCACAGCCGUGAAAACGAACACUACCUUAACCUCAAGAUGAACAACGACCCAGGUCUAAAAGAGUUCUUCGGCCGCAGAAUCCUCUUUCCCCUCCCUGGUAUUGUCAAAACCAAGACAGGCCACAACAUGAAAGCCAUCUACUUUUGUCCUGCUCGUUUCUUUGCGGCAGAUCCAACUCAUUGUAGAUAUGUCAUCGAGAGCCUUCAGUACGUUCUGAACGAUCUAAGUCGGUCUCAACAGCAAAGCCGAACAGGUGUCGCUGUCAUUAUCAACCUUGCUGGACAUACCAACGAGAACUUUCACAGACCGACUGUGGCUAAGUUUCUUGGGAGUUUGGAAGGCAAGUUUGUGCCCACCACUGCGAAUCUUUUGAUCUUUGUGGAUGCGCCCCCUAUCUUCAAGCCUCUAAUGGCUUUCUGCAAGACAGUAUUCUCGAUGAACUUCGCAAAGAAGGUCCACAGCAUUAAGUCCAGCAAGCUCUCAUCUUUCUUCAUGCCCGGCUACGAAGAAUACUUGCCAAGUGAACUCCCUGGUGGAUGGAGAGAUAUCGAAGACGAUGUCGAUGACUAUGUAGAUCUCAAGAGCUACGAAGACGAGAUGAAAACUCGUGAAGAGAUUUCAUGGCAAGAGUAA